UGACCGGAAUGUACAUCCUAUAAUGGCAACUGGCGGUACUUGUGAAGAUAUUUGUGAAAGCAAUUGCUCGCACUGCGAAGAACCGCUGAACGUUGAGUGUUCUUUUAAGUGUUUACAGUGUAAUUUGACAGAUGGGACAAGCAAGCCUCCUGAGAUCUUCUGCGAUACGUGUAUAACUGUCAUUCAUGUCAAAAAAGGUCAUCAAAUUGUGGAUAACCGAAAUCUGGAGCCAGCUAUUUGUAGCGAACACAAACAGUUAUGCCUUGAUUAUUAUGAAUACGAGAAACAAACAACCUUCACCUCGCCCACUCCUGCCGAGGUUCCGACUCCCCGACCGGAACCCGAACCACAAUUCUCGACCACCUCACUCGGAAAUGCAGCCUUCGGAACCAACAGCACUUUCGACACUGGCGGGUUAAGUCGGGGCGACAACCCGUCCCUGGACACCGGACUUCUUACUCAUGAUGAUGUCGAAAUGAGUACUUCGUCUGAGAGUUAUGAAAAUUGGUCUUUUGUCACCAAUGCGUCUAACGCUGGCUUCACAGGAGAUGAAAAGAUAUUUGACCUUGAGGGUAGUAACAGUGGGAGUGGGAGUGGGGCGACGGGGGGAAGUGGAUCGGCGACCGAGGGGGAGUUUGCCGAGGACACGAUGGGAGGCCAGGAUUUCCACUCGGCGGCUGAGCUGGCUGAGUUUGUUCACAUCACGGAUACGAUCGCAACUUACGACAACAUACGCCCACUUCAUGGUAAGGACGAGCUCUUGUCAAGUGCGAAUGCCCUGAAGUCGCCCCCAGUGUACUCGAUACAAUACAACAGUGUGUCCUAUGCCAGUGCCCUGUCCAAUGGGUCUGAUUUCCAGUCCCUCUAUGACAGCGUCAGAUACGACAACUCCAAUGACAAGUCAUCACACGCUGUUUACACUGUGGAGUCCGGAGCGAGUAACUCUGAACGAGGCCUGCCUCAAUCCACCACUACAUGUCAAGUGCACGAGAGAAUAGCUCCCAGUCCAAUCGAGAUGUUCCGCAGCUCCUGUCUACUUCCAAACAAACGCUUCAGAUUCCACAUUGUCUAUUCAGUUAUGGCCAAUCUACGGUACGAUGCUAUUAAAAUCCUCCCCCGUGUGUCUUCGAAGAGGAAAGUUCUGGUUCCCUGGAUUGUCACGGAAUGUAUCUCGCCGAAACUAGAAGCGUCAAUUGAUGAUUCAAAGGAAGUCGAGACGUUUAAAACUCCAGAACAUACUCCGAACGCAAGGCUUGAACUCGACGCAGCUGAAAUCAAAGAGCAGUACUAUGUCAUAGAUCCGAAAGCGGUUCCGGUCACGGUGACAGCUAAUCGGACUUUAACGACGCUUGAUCACGAACAUUAUGCAGAAAUUGCGCGAAUAGUGGGAAAUGCAGGAACUAGUAGAGCGGUGUUCAACAAAGCACAGCACUGUGUUAGUGUUGAGAGGUUUCUACAAGCAAACGCGACAUUGCAAUCUCUAGAUCUAGACUCAGCUUCUAAUCAUACGCAGACAUCUAAACAAGUUUUGGUCGGUAGUUUGAACCGAGAUAUGGACGCAGGAAUAUCAUCUGUUAGUGGGUUUGAUUCAACGAGCAAAGAGAAAAAUAGCUCAGACGAUAACCAAAACAAUGCCACUGAAGGCGGGGAAUCAAGUUCGUUUUCAGUGGAUGUAACCAGACGAACUCGCGUGUCAACCAUGGUUCCUGAAAGCCACUACAGUCAUUACGAGACUGCAUCUAGAACUGAUACCCAAAAACGAAAAUCAUCUAGAAGGUUCUUUAGCCUGCUUCGAAAGAAGGACAGAAAAACGCCCAGUCGAAAACGAAGAAGCGUUGACAUCGAGGCGUUUGGAGAUCGACUUGGUUCGCCGACUGCCAACGAACAAUCGUCACGCCGUGGUUCUUUUUUCAGUCGGUUUAGUCGUAGUGGCAGUCGCUCGAGAUAUUCGACGUUAACGUUCAAAGAAACAGGUGUCGAUGACAUGGUUCAGAAUCUGUACAACAAGUUCCAAAAUGAUACCGAGUUCCACAUGAUGAUUAUGAACUUCAGAUGUCGAGCUAAGUUGAAGAAACCGAAGCACGGGACGGCCACAGAUAUGCAGAGAGAUCUGAAACUAUCGUGCUCAAAUGCGACUUCGUUGUUUAGUGAGUUUUACCCGCAGUUGAGAGGCAUGAAAAACAAAAAACAGCAAAAAGAAGUGGUUAAUAAAGUUCUUGGACGAAGCUCACGUUCGAAAGAAUCUGUAAAUGAGAUUGUAUUAGUUGAUGCUUUCAGGCCAACGACUUGCUUGUAAAAGAAACU